CAAAGUGCCGAUUUGUCACGUCGUGCAAGUCGUUUUGGGGAAUAAGUUAAUUGUGUUCUAGUUCUAGUUCUGUUCUGUUAUGCCAUGGUUUACGGGGCAACAUCGCAAGCGACGAAGACGACCUGACCUGACGACAAUAGAAUAGAGACUCUCUCUCUCUCUCUCUCUCUCGCUCUCAGUCCAAACUCCAGCCAAUUCACCCUCUGCUGAUGUACACCUCUCUACGCCGCAUCGCCACCACACCACCUCGAAUCUCAGUCUUCCCCAUAGUAUCUAUCUAUCAAUCAUGUCUAAAUUCAAUUCGAUCACAAAACAAAUCCCUAAUUUUUGAGUGUUUCUCUGUCUCCUCUAGUCCAUGUGUAAGACCAAGAAGAGCACGGACGUGAUCGAGCCCAACAACUCCACUACCACCUCUCGAAUAUCAAGAUCAUCUCCCAGAAAAAGCUCCGAAGCCUAUCGAUCCUCUCAGAAAUCUUCAGGCGAUCCUUCCCCGACCACUAGCGCCAACUAUACCAGUUACAAGGACUCAUGGCAAUCUUCAACUUCCAGCCGCAAUUCACUGUUCACCCUCCGAGAAUCUUUGCCAGAGAACGCUCACAUUUACGACUUCUCUCUAAUUUGCUCCGCCACUAACAAUUUCCUCGCCUACAAAUUCUCUGCCUCUUCUUCUUCCUCUUCGUGGCGGUGUCAGAUUCGCGGCAACGACGUCGUUGUCUUCCAGAGGAAGUUCCGCCGCUCCAUCGACACCGAGAAGCUACGCCAACGCCUUUCCUUGAUCUGCAAGAGCCACCACUCCAGCUUGAUCAAACUUCGCGGCGCUUCUGUCUCUGGAAAUUAUAUUUACCUUGUUUAUGACUAUGUUCAUGGUGCUAACCUUGCGAAUUGUCUUCGAAACCCUAAAAACCCUAAUUUUACUGUACUUUCGAAUUGGAUGUCUCGAGUGCUGAUAGCGACCGAUCUGGCUCACGGUCUCGAUUAUAUUCACCAUUCAACAGGAUUGAGUUCGAGUUUCGUACACAAUCAUAUCAAGAGUUCAAGCAUUAUCGUCACAGAACCAUCGUUAAACGCCAAAAUCUGCCAUUUCGGCACCUCGGAGCUUUGCGGCGAGAUCGCGGAGGAAGAAGAAGAAGAAGAACAACAAGAAGUGAUAUCGAAAUCGUCGAGAUUGAAGAGAUCGGACAGUCGAGUGUUGAAAUUCGAAGGCACGAGAGGUUACAUGUCGCCGGAAUUUCAGUCCACCGGUGUAUCGACUCAGAAAUCGGACGUGUUCGCGUUUGGAGUGGUGAUUUUGGAGAUACUGUCGGGUCAAGAAGCUCUCAAAUACAAAAUUGACGAUGAGAGCGGUGGUUACGAGAGGAUAUCGGUGAUUGAGACGGCGAGAAAGGCGGUGGAAGGUGGCGGAGGAGUGUUGAGGAGGUGGGUGGACAAGAGGUUGAAGGAUUCGUACCCGAUGGAGGUGGCCGAGAAGAUGGCACGGGUGGGGCUGGAUUGUGUGGAGGAAGAUCCUAAGAUGAGGCCGGAUAUGGGGCAGGUUGCGGGUCGGAUCUCGAAACUCUAUUUGGAAUCGAAUAAUUGGGCUGGGAAGAUGAGCUCCCCAACCGACUUCAGCGUCUCUCUCGGCCCACGCUGACGUCAAAGUUUUUGUUUUCUUCACAGAGCUCGCCAUUUUUGCAAUUGAGACUGCAUAGAUGAGAUGAGUGAUUAUAUUUAUGAUUUUAUUCAGUUUUGUACAUUUAUUUUAAACAUUUUCUACCAUUUUUAUAUACUCUAAACAUUAGAGAUUAA